AUGAACUCAGAGCUAUCCUCGUCGUCAUCGUCGCCCAUAACGCCAACGCAUCCCUUUGCCCAUGCGAGAGGCCUCCUAGAAAUUAUCCCCAACAAGAUUGAUGUCGAGGAAGAAUCGAGGCUGUACGAUGAACUAUGUACGGAUGAUGAUGCUCCCCUCCGACUCGGAGCGAUAGCAGUCCGACCCCGGUCGCCGCAAGGCGCACCUUCAGUAUUCUCGAGGGAAAGUAUUUGGUUGGGGGAUAACUGCGGGGAGAGUCUGGCAUUUGCGAGAGACGUGAAGAUAAGCGGAUGGACGAAUGUCGGUGAUAAAUUGGGCGGAGCAUAUGUCGUGUAUGACUGUGUGAUUAAAACGAAAGAAGGAACUGUUAUACAUUGCCACAAGCGAUACAGCUCGUUCGUUCAAUUGGAAUCGGCUCUACGCGGAACCUUGCCUCGUCAUCAACAACAUUUUAUUCCUCGACUUCCGCCAAAAGCGCCUCUUGCGAGAUAUCGGCCCGCAUUCCUAGACCAGCGGCGACGGAUGCUACAAUAUUGGCUGUCUUCAAUAUUGCUGCAUCCCGAUAUCGGCGGAUGCAAAGCAGUUCGUCUAUGGGUCAUGGACUGA